AUAGAGCCACAACAUGGGAACACUUGUGGGACAUGUUGCACCAGGUUUUGCCUUCUUUACACUUGGUCUAUGGCACUUAUUUAACAACAUAAAACUCUUUUGUCUCCGCCCAAACACCUUUACUUCAUCACCAUGGUUUCCAACUUCCAAGCUUAGACAUUUAGAGCUCUACUUAAUCAUGUUAUCUUCAUCAGCCUCCAUAGCUAUGGAGCUCUUCAUUGGACCCAAGAGACAUCAACCCUUUGACUCUGAUGGUACCAUCCCUUCAAACCACCUCCACAACUUUGAACACUCCUCUAUCUCCAUGUCCUUCUUAGUCUACGCGGUUUUUGCAGUAGUUCUUGAUCAAGCAAGGAGUAUAUCAACUCAUGUUUCGCAUGGACUGACUAUACUCGUCGCAUCUUCUGCCUUUGCUCAACAGCUCUUCCUCUUCAAUCUGCACUCUGCUGACCACAUGGGCAUUGAAGGACAAUACCAUAAGCUCCUCCAGCUUAUUAUCUUCGUUUCUCUUCUCACCAGUCUAAUCGGUAUCGCUUUGCCCAAAAGUUUCUUGGUAAGCUUUGUAAGGUCAUCAAGCAUAACUUUCCAAGGAGUGUGGUUCGUAGUGAUGGGUUACAUGCUUUGGACACCUAGAUUGAUUCCCAAGGGAUGUUUUCUUCAUGAAGAAGAAGGACACCAAGUGAUUAAAUGUUCCAGCGAUAAAGCUUUACACAGGGCCAAGUCGCUAGUCAACAUCGAGUUUAGUUGGUUCUUUGUUGGAAUCACAAUCUUUGUCAUGUCGCUUUAUUUGAUCCUGAGUGGACUUUACGGUGAAAAUGCCGAGUACUCAAUUCUUAUCACUAAAGACAAAGGUGAAGAAAGUGGUGAAGAGCAACAAGACAUAGAGUCGCUAAAGAAAAGUAAUCCAAGUGAAGACGUGGAAAGGUAAUAAAUUAUUCGGUUGUUUUUAAUUUUGACAUUGCAACUUGUACAAAAUAUAAAAUCGAUUAGAAGUAAAAAAAUGUUUGAUUGUAUAUAUAAUACUGUAUAAACUUAAUAUGAUAAGAACAAGCGUCAGCAAAAUGUAAAUCAAUUUUUAUUCAAAUU